AUGAAAUCUUCGUCUAAAGUUGUCAUGAAUAACAUUCAUAGCGAGAAUCAGAAUAAACGAUAUAGAAAAAAAUACAAUCAUAUGAAGCUGAGAGUUAAAAGUUUGAUUAUUGAAAAUGCUGCUUUGUGUGAUGAAGUAGCUAAAAUACAAGAAAAUAUACAGAUAGUUAAAGAAGAGAGAAAAUUUCUGCUCCAGAAACUUCUUGAACAUGAGAAUGAUUCUGAUAUAGUACAUACUUAUUCAAAAGAUUCUAUAGCAGUGUCAAAUGGAUCUAGAAGUAAGCCUAAGAAAAUACAAAAUCUCAAAGAAGGUUAA